AUUAAAAAGAAGAAAGAGUAAAACAAAAAAGGACCCCGCCCAGCCUUCAUCUAUAAAACCCAAGCCCACUUCUCCAUUUCCACACCACCAAUUAACACUCACAAACAAAAUCCAACUUAUCUUUUUGUGCUGUAUUUGAAAAUGGCUUCAAAGGCUGUAGCAACAACUGCCCUUCUCCUUUCCCUCAACCUCCUCCUCUUCUUCACUCUAGUCACUUCCACUCAUGUGCCCAUCUCAUGCCCACCAUCACCAAAACCCCCCAAGCACCACCACAAGCCCUCCCCGCCGGCGCCUAAGGUCGCCCCACCCAAGCCGCCCAAGGUCACCCCACCCACGCCGCCCAAGGUCACCCCACCCACGCCGCCGCCCAAGGCCACUUGCCCUAAAGACACCCUGAAACUGGGCGUCUGUGCCAACUUGCUGAACGACUUGAUUCACCUUGUCGUCGGGUCCCCAGCGAAGACCCCGUGCUGCUCCCUCAUCGAGGGGUUGGUCGAUCUUGAAGCGGCUGUUUGCCUUUGCACUGCCAUCAAAGCCAGUGUGUUGGGAAUCAAUCUUAACAUUCCAGUUUCCUUGAGCUUGCUUCUCAAUUACUGCGGAAAGACCGUCCCGAGCGGCUUCGAAUGCAGUUAAACAACUAUAUAAGCUGCAUUUUGUUCUCUCAUAAUAUGACAUUAAUAUUGUCUCUCCUCCUUCCUAAAAGGUUUGUAUAAGUUGUUUUUGUUUAUGUUGGUGCAUGUGUGGUAGUAUUUGGUUUUGAGAUUAUGGUUGUUUUGUUUUUGAGGUAUUGUCAAAUGUACUAUGUUUUAGUGUGUGUAGUUCAAGUUUUUAUCACGUUUAUAUCUACAGUCCUAUUUUCUCUAAUAA